AUGGUGGUUCACUGUAAAUUGAGCGGAACAUGCACGAUGGAUCAUCAACAGAAAUGAAAAACCGCGACCAACAAAACAGAAGCAACGACGAUCCAAAUAUACAGUGAAUGUAAGUUUUGCUGGUGCAAUGCUUAUGCAAUAAUUUAUAAAUAUUUUUAAAUACUCAUGUUGAUUGCUACACCCUAUUAUACAUACUCAGCCGUAGCGGACAUUUGGGGAUGGGAGAAUUUGAUUGGCAACAUCACAUUGACCACCUUGAUUGAAAAAUUCGUGGUUAAAAAUUAUUGUUACAGGGGUGAUCACUUGCGCCUCCAGGUGUCCGCCGCUGUUACUCAGUUCUUCAUUUAUUUCUGUGUGAUAUGCUACACCAUGACUUUUAUAUUUAUGUACUUAAAAUUUAAAGAAAUUUUAGCAUUCCUAUCUUUACAGUAAAAGUAUAUAUAUUAAGCAAAUGUUUCCUAUAACAUGUGUAGUGAACUAUUCAAUCUAUUUUGUUACUAAUGGAAAAUAUCCUUUCAUUUCAGAUGAAGACCUACAACCAACAGAUCCUAAAACAUUGCCAAGAUGAGAGUAACACAAGUUUUAUCAAGGUAAGAGAAAAUGAAAAAGGAUGCCAGCGAUUUUUAAUCGUUUCUUAUUAAAAACCGAAAAACUAUUUCAAAAAUUUGGAUAAAAUAACUGUUUGAAAAAAUGUUUAUUUAUCCUUCAGGGAAAAGAAAUUUUUACAUCAAACCGCAACUUACGAGCUUGUACGGAGAGAAGACAAAUGUGA